AAAGCUAAUCUUUUGGGUCGUAAUUCCAGAGUUCCCUAAUUUUCGUACGUUUCACAUCGCUACGCUAUAAAUACUUGGAAAUUAAUAAACUUGUCGUAUAUUUAAUACGUUUGCAAUCAUUGUUACAGCAAAUUCACACAUGCAUUAUGGAUACAGAAGAGUUUAGAAUUAGAGACAAUGGAUGUUAGAGAAACAACAUCUUAAGCAUAGUUUAUAUAGGCAAAGAGAUGGUGGACUAUAUUUGCUCGUACUUGGAUACAAUAAGAAACCGUCGAGUAUUCCCAGGAGUUGAACCGGGCUUUGUGCACGGCAAAGUACCAGAUAAUCCUCCAAUAGAGGGAGAACCAUGGGAUGACAUUUUCGCAGACGUUGAGAACAUUAUAAUGCCUGGUGUAACACAUUGGCAGAGCCCUAGGAUGCAUGCUUACUACCCAGCACUCACUAGUUACCCCUCCAUGUUGGCUGAGAUGCUCACCAAUGCUAUUAACUGCUUGGGAUUUACUUGGGCGUCUAGUCCUGCUUGUACGGAAUUAGAAAUGAUAGUCACGAACUGGUUGGGAAAAAUGAUCGGCCUACCGAACGAAUUCCUUCACAAUAAGGAUAGUAAUGGGGGAGGCGUCAUACAGACAACAGCAAGCGAAAGUACACUGAUCAGCCUCCUAUCCGGACGUAGUGUUACCCUCCAACGCUACUCAAACCUCCAACCUGACGUACCUCUUUUUGAGAUUCACUCUAAGCUAGUGGCAUAUUGUUCAGAUCAGGCACAUUCGAGUGUUGAGAAAGCUGCUCUGAUUGGCUUGGUUACACUUAGGUACGUCGAAUCAGACGCAGAGUACUCAAUGUCCGGCUCAAAACUACUCGAGGCUGUCAAAGAGGAUAGAGAGAAGGGACUCAUACCAUUUUGGGUUUGUACAACGCUGGGCACUACAGGAUGCUGCUCCUUCGACGAUCUACAAGGUAUUGCAAAUGUGUGUCAACAGGAACAAUUAUGGUGUCAUGUGGAUGCUGCAUAUGCGGGCUGCUCUUUCAUUUGCCCUGAAUUUCGAAAAUGGCUGAAAGGAGUCGAUAAGAUCGACUCGAUAGCUUUCAAUCCGUCCAAAUGGUUGAUGGUGCAUUUUGAUUGCACGGCGAUGUGGGUGAGGAACAGUUCAGCUCUUCAUUGCGCUUUUAAUGUGAACCCCUUGUAUCUCACCCACGAAUUUUCAGGUCUGGCUAUAGAUUAUAUGCAUUGGCAGAUACCUCUGAGCAAAAGAUUCAGGUCGCUGAAACUAUGGUUUGUCAUGAGAAAUUAUGGAGUUAAAGGAUUACAAGAACAUAUUAGAAAGGGGGUAAUGUUGGCUGAGAAGUUCGAGACUCUUGUAAAAUCAGAUCCACGUUUCGAAGUUCCCGCCAGGAGACAUUUAGGACUAGUAGUUUUUUGCUUAAAAGGGAACAUCAAGACAACAGAAGCACUCCUCAAAAGGAUAAACUCCAGGGGUAAGAUACAUUGCGUGCCAGCCAACUUGAAAGGCAAGUACGUGAUAAGGUUUUGUAUCGCGUCACCGAGAACUACUGUACAAGAUAUCGAAUCUGACUGGAAGGAAAUAGUUGAUGUUACCAAUGACCUGCUGAGCGGAAAUUGCUCAGCUAGAGCUCCAGAAGGCAAUAAUGACAGCUUCGGUUCAAGUCUACUAUUAUCGAAUACUCCCUUAAGCCCCACAAUCGUCAAUGGAUCAUUCGCUGCUUUGCAUCAAGAGGGAAAAGUUUUGGAUGAAUUCUCGAAGAUUAUUAGCAUUCCAAGAGAUAACUUCGCUAUGCGUAAACGAGUGAGGGGCAUUUUAAUGUCAGGAAAGAAAUUUUCUUUGGACUCUAGACUGGAUUUAUUUCAAGCUUUGUAUACUGACAAAAAACUACGAACAGUGAAGGAUAUCAAGGAAAGCAGAAAACAAUGUGAUCCAGAAUCAUUACAGUUUUCAGAAGAGUCUACACCAGUGACGUCACCAAAAGGCUCUCCAUUGAAGAAAAAUACUUGUGAGAAAUGCGGUCACUCUACUUAUGGGUAUAAAAUAAAAAACAGUAAAAACAAAUAGAUGUGUAAUCAAGUCAGCAUAUGCUUAUACUACAAAUAAAGCCUAUAAAUAUUCC